AUGAGACUGCACACUGCUCUCCUCAUCUUCGGACUCACAUCCACCGCUGUGGCUCUCCCAAAAGGCCAAAGAAACGACGUCCAAAGGUCGUCGCCGGUGCUAACCCAUUAUUAUUUCACGGACGGACCCAGUUUCACACUUCCGUCCGUCCCGCCACGACCUCCAACCGCCACUAUGCCCCCUCCGGUUCCAACUGGAGGGGUCCCAGCAGAAAAUCGGAAUGAUAGGCCACCACAAGCUAGCGGAACGGGCGCAUCCCGUACGGGCAGCCCACCACCGAAACCGACUGGAACUGAGAAACUACCCUCUAAGCCUAGCGGUACCGAUAAUCCGUCUUCAAGCGUUACUAGUGCAGGAAGCUCAGCUAAAGUCAAGGGCAAAGUUGGCAUUAUUAAGGCUGGCAAUUAA